CUCCAGUCCCAUUCACAUCCCCACUCAACCCUAGCCGCCCGUGUCGCCGCCUCGCGGGAGUCGCCGGCUCGCCGCAGCCCCAUGCUCGCGUCGUGCCCGCCCGGCGCCUGCUGCUCACCGCCACCGUCCGGCGCCCGCAGCGCACGAGCCGUCGACGACGCGACUCUUCCAGACUCCCACUCCAGCUCGCAAGCAAGCAAGUCCACCUCCAAAGCUGGAACAUCUUCUUCGUGAGUGCCGUUCUGGCAAGUUCAAGGCUUCAAGCUGAGUUCCUCGUAUCUACCGAACGCCCACCUUGAGUUAACCCGAACGCCCACCUUGAGUCUGCCCCACCCCCACUGCUCUCCAAACCCUAAUAAGAAGUUCCUCGUAUCUACCGACAAGGCGGCUCUAGGCUCUAGCUCUGCCGUACAGCCGCCCGCCUCAAUCCCCACGGCCGGCUCUCACGGCGUGGUCUCCACCCCGUGCGCGGUCUUUGGUCAUUGGGGUUCGAGAUUUGAUCGAUAGCAGCAAUGCAAAAGGAGGCAAGCUCUAGCGAUGUUUCUGCUUCUCAUGUAGGACGUGUUAGACAUCGAAGACGUCCUAAUGAAGUUACUACAGAUGGGAAUAGAGCCAAUGGACCGGCUUUACUUGUCAGUGAUCAGAACAAGUAUAAGUCAAUGCUUAUCCGCACAUAUUCUACUGUGUGGAUGAUUGGAGGCUUUGCUCUUAUAGUUUAUAUGGGCCAUCUGUAUAUCUGGGCCAUGGUGGUUGUGAUUCAAAUAUUCAUGGCAACAGAGCUUUUUAACCUGCUCAGAAAAUCUAGUGAAGAGAAACAACUGCCAGGGUUCAGGCUGCUGAAUUGGCACUUCUUUUUCACGGCAAUGUUGUUUACAUAUGGGCGCUUUCUUAGUCGGGAGCUUGUUAACACAGUAUCUUCAGAUCACUUGUUGUAUAAGCUUGUCAGCGGCCUCAUAAAGUAUCAGAUGUUUAUUUGCUAUUUUCUUUACAUUGCUGGAUUUGUAUGGUUUAUUUUGACUCUGAAGAAAAAGACAUACAAGUAUCAGUUCAAACAGUAUGCCUGGACACACAUGAUUCUUUUAACGGUUUUUGCGCAGUCUUCUUUCACCGUGGCAAAUAUAUUUGAAGGGAUGUUCUGGUUUCUUCUCCCUGCUUCACUCAUUGUGAUCAAUGACAUUGCUGCAUAUUUAUUUGGGUUCUUUCUGGGAAGAACACCAUUGAUCAAGUUAUCUCCAAAGAAAACAUGGGAAGGUUUUAUUGGUGCAUCAGUGACAACUAUCAUAUCUGCUUUUCUGUUAGCAAAUGUAAUGGGCCGUUUCCAAUGGUUGACAUGCCCAAGAAAGGACCUGUCGACAGGGUGGCUUCGUUGCGAUCCUGGGCCUAUGUUUAAGCCAGAGCAUUAUUAUUUGGGAGAAUGGGUGCCACACUGGUUUCCAUGGAAAGAAGUUUUCCUUUUACCUGUGCAGUGGCAUGCUUUAGCCCUUGGUUUGUUUGCAUCAAUUAUAGCACCGUUUGGAGGAUUUUUUGCAAGUGGCUUCAAGAGGGCUUUUAAAAUAAAGGAUUUUGGUGACAGCAUACCUGGGCAUGGUGGGAUUACUGAUCGAAUGGAUUGUCAAAUGGUUAUGGCAGUUUUUGCGUACAUAUAUCACCAAUCAUUUAUUUCGCCCCACAAUUUCUCUGUGGAUGCAAUCUUGGAUCAGAUUAUAAGAAACUUGACCUACGAGGAGCAGAAGUACUUGUACCAACAACUAGGGGAGAUCUUCACUGAAAGGCAAUCUAUGCAAAGCUGAGCAUGGAUCUUCUCAUGAAGGCCCAAAACACACCGUGUAUUUUAAAGCACCCAGUUCGAUAUGAUGUAGCUCUAGAUUCAUGUACAGCAUCAUAGCUGCUCUGUACCUGAGAUAGUGGUGUCCUUUUCCAAACCCUUGUAAAGAAUGAUAGGGCUUAGGUUCUUGAUUCGCUCACCUUUUUUAGUUAUCAUCUGUCCGUGCUCUUGUAAAAUAGAGCUGGAAAAGGAAGCUAUAAUUUGUCAUUGUAUAUCAGUCUGUUUGUUGGUCUUGCGUCAAGUAUUUGGAGAAUGCUGCAACAACAAAGGAUUAUGUUUUCCCGUUCUAACUCUUGUUGAUUCUGUUG